CUCUCUCGCACACUCUCUCUUGUUCUCUCCCCCUCCCCUCUCUCCCCUCUCAAGCGCAAACGAAAGCGCACGCACUCGAAAACCCUAGACGAUUGACUCCUCGCCCGAAACCCUAGUCUAGGGUUUCGCUCGUCUUUCUAGGGUUUUUGUAGUUCGUUACAGAGAGAGAGAGCAAUGGAUCUCCCGAGUCUCGCGGUAAUUCUUCGGGCGGCGCUCAGCCCCAAUCCUGACGAGCGUAAGGCGGCGGAGGAGAGCCUUAAUCAGUUCCAGUAUGCACCACAGCACUUAGUGAGGCUAUUGCAAAUCAUUGUGGAUGGAAAUUGUGAUUUAGCUAUAAGACAAGUUGCUAGCAUUCAUUUUAAGAACUUUGUGGCGAAGAACUGGACACCUGAUGAGCCUGGUGAGCCUCAAAAGAUUUCAGCGAGCGAUAAGGGUAUGGUUCGGGACAAUAUCCUUGGGUUUAUCACUCAAGUUCCACCAUUAUUGAGGGCACAGCUUGGUGAAUGCAUUAAAACUUUAAUCCAUGCUGAUUACCCUGAACAGUGGCCUAGCCUUCUUCACUGGAUAACAUGCAACUUACAAUUACAAGGCCAACAAGUAUUUGGAGCUCUCUAUGUGCUAAGGAUUCUUUCCAGGAAAUAUGAAUUCAAGUCUGAUGAAGAGCGAACACCAGUUUAUCUCAUUGUGGAUGAGACGUUUCCUCACUUGUUAAAUAUUUUUAACAAGCUGGUUCAAAUUGGCAACCCUUCUAUUGAAGCAGCAGACCUGAUCAAGCUUAUAUGUAAAAUCUUUUGGUCAUCGAUAUAUUUGGAGAUUCCGAAGCAUCUGUUUGAUCUCAAUGCAUUUAACGCUUGGAUGGUCCUUUUCCUGAAUAUAUUGGAGAGACCAGUCCCUUCAGAAGGUCAACCUACAGAUCCUGAGCUAAGAAAGUCAUGGGGUUGGUGGAAAGUGAAAAAGUGGACAAUCCACAUCUUGAAUCGUCUUUAUACGAGGUUUGGAGACCUGAAGCUCCAGAAAGCUGAGAGUAAAGCUUUUGCUCAAAUGUUUCAGAAGUCCUAUGCUGGAAAGAUUUUGGAAUGCCAUCUACGCUUGCUCAAUUUGAUCCGUACUGGCGAAUACUUACCCGAUAGGGUUAUAAACCUUAUCCUUCAGUACCUAAGUAGCAGUAUUUCAAGGAAUGCAAUGUAUCACUUGCUACAGCCACAACUGGAUAUCAUUCUUUUCGAGAUAAUUUUCCCUCUUAUGUGCUUCGGUGACAACGAUCAGAAAUUAUGGGAUGAAGAUCCUCAUGAAUAUGUCAGAAAGGGUUAUGAUAUUAUUGAGGACCUGUACAGUCCUCGGACUGCCUCAAUGGACUUCGUGAGCGAGCUAGUGAGAAAACGUGGGAAGGGAAACCUCCAGAAGUUUGUUGGGUUUAUAGUUGGGAUUUUUAGGAGGUAUGAUGAGGCACCUGCUGAGUAUAAACCAUAUCGACAAAAAGAUGGCGCUCUUCUCGCAAUUGGGACAUUGUGUGAUAAACUAAAGCAAACCGAGCCUUAUAAAUCGGAGCUUGAGCGCAUGUUGGUGCAACAUGUUUUUCCUGAAUUCACAAGUCCUGUUGGUCAUCUUAGAGCAAAGGCGGCGUGGGUUGCAGGCCAGUAUGCAUUCAUAAACUUUUCCGACCAAAACAAUUUUCGGAGGGCAUUACAUUGUGUUGUUGCUGGCAUGCGUGAUCCUGAACUUCCUGUACGCGUUGAUUCUGUCUUUGCAUUGCGAUCUUUUGUUGAAGCAUGUAAAGAUCUAAAUGAGAUUCGUCCUAUUAUUCCUCAAUUACUUGAUGAGUUUUUUAAACUAAUGAAUGAGGUCGAAAAUGAGGACCUUGUUUUCACCCUCGAGACUAUAGUGGACAAGUUCGGUGAAGAGAUGGCACCAUAUGCUCUCGGAUUAUGUCAGAAUUUGGCGGCCGCAUUUUGGAGGUGCUUGGAUACAUCAGAAGCAGAUGACGAUGCUGAUGAUCCAGGUGCUUUGGCAGCUGUUGGUUGCUUGCGUGCUAUAAGCACAAUCUUGGAAUCUGUGAGCAGGCUUCCUCAUCUUUUUGUCCAGAUUGAGCCUACUCUUUUACCAAUCAUGCGAAGGAUGUUGACAACAGAUGGUCAAGAGGUUUUUGAGGAGGUUCUGGAAAUUGUCUCUUAUAUGACAUUUUAUUCUCCUACAAUUUCCUUAGAGAUGUGGAGUCUUUGGCCUUUGAUGAUGGAAGCCCUUGCUGAUUGGGCGAUUGAUUUUUUCGAGAAUAUUCUUGUACCACUUGACAACUACAUAUCAAGGGGUACCACCCAUUUUCUUACGUGUAAAGAUCCUGACUACCAACAAAGUUUAUGGUCUAUGCUCUCAUCUAUUAUGUCUGACAAAAAUAUGGAAGACAAUGACAUAGAGCCUGCACCAAAGCUUAUUGAGGUGGUAUUCCAGAACUGCAAAGGUCAAGUAGAUCAAUGGGUUGAGCCAUAUCUCAGGAUUACAAUCGAUCGCCUACGUCGAGCGGAGAAGCCAUACUUAAAAUGUCUCUUGAUACAAGUGAUUGCAAAUGCUCUCUACUACAAUGCUUCCUUAACUCUUGGAGUGCUUCAUAAGCUUGGAGUUUCAACAGAAGUUUUUAGUCUGUGGUUUACUAUGCUACAGCAAGUUAAGAAAAGUGGUAUUCGUGCAAAUUUUAGAAGGGAACAUGAUAAGAAGGUCUGUUGCUUGGGGUUGACCUCACUUCUUGCCCUCCCUGAGGAGCAGUUGCCAGGGGAAGCUUUUGGACGUGUUUUCAAUGCUACACUUGAGCUGCUCGUUGCUUACAAGGAUCAAGUUGCAGAAUCUAAAAAGGAGUAUGAUGGUGAAGAAGAUGACAUGGAUGGUUUUCAGUCAGAUGAGGAAGGUGAGGAUGAGUCUGAUAAGGAAAUGGGUGAUGAUGAUGAGGAAGGUGAUGAGGCUGAGAGUCUCAAGCUCCAAAAAUUAGCAGCACAGGCGAAGGCUUUUCAGCCAAACGAUGAGGAUUACGACUCAGAUGAUGAUUACAGUGAUGAUGAAGAGUUGCAGUCACCUAUUGAUGAUGUUGACCCAUUUAUUUUCUUUGUGGAAUCCAUCAAAGUCGUGCAAGCUUCCAAUCCUCCAAGGUUUCAGAACCUCAUGCAGACACUGGACUUCAAUCAUCAGGCUCUUGCUAGUGGCAUAGCUCAACAUGCUGAACUAAGGAAAGUGGAGAUAGAGAAAGAGAAGCUGGAGAAAGCAACUGCCUCAUAAUUUCAAUGCUGUAGGUCAAGCACAAAAGCCUCAUCUGUAGUUUUUGUCAUUGUCAACCACCAGUCCAGGUUGUAGGAAUACUAAGGCUGGUUGCAUCACCCAGUUAAUGGGUUUGGCUCGGUAUCUAGAGCUCAAAGUGUCAAAAGUGUCCUAUCUGAAGUCUUAAGACUUCUCUCAUGGACAGAAGUUUAAUAGCAAAUGCUCGGUCUAGCUUGGAUGCUGGCCCUUGAAUGGUUGUCACGUUUCUUUUUGGUAGGGAACAACAGCAUAAAGGUUCAGCUGUUAAUGUUCCGGGAUGUUGUGUAAGUUUUUUUCUAUUGUAUACAGACAAGCCUCUUAUUUGGGAAGAACAUCCCUUUUUUGUGGUCUCAUUCGUCAGGCUCUCUCCUACCGAAGAGCCCUACAGAUAGGGUGGCCGUUAUAGAGUGUACAUGAUUCGUUUUAUCAGUUAUUUGCAUGAAUGUAUGUUAAUAUUUUUUGGAUUUGGAAAACCAUCUGUACUGUAUGGGUCGGUGCCUCGUGAACUGGUGGUUGUAUGUAAACCUAUAUUCAUUCUUUAUUAUGAUUAU